AUGUCUGCUCCGACGCAAACCGCCGAACACCAAGAAGAUGCCUACUUCUCAUCUCAACCACCGCCCAAGAACCUCGAAUCCCACGUCUCGGCCGCCCGCUCAUUCAUCGACCAUCACUCCUCCAUCUCAGACCGGCGCAUCGUCCUCGUCACCUCGGGCGGCACCACCGUUCCGCUGGAAAAGCAGACAGUCCGCUUCAUCGACAACUUCUCCGCCGGCACCCGCGGCGCCACCUCGGCAGAAUACUUCCUCGAGGCCGGCUACGCAGUCAUCUUCCUGCACCGUCAGUUCUCGCUGCAGCCGUACUCGAGGCACUACUCCCACGCGACCGACUGUUUCCUCGACUUCCUCGCCGAGGGCGACGACGGCACCGUCGUCGCGAACCCCGAGCACCAGGAGCGCAUGCGCGCCGUGCUGCGAAAGUACAAGGCCGCCCGCAGGCACAACAUGCUCCUCAUGCUCCCCUUCACCACCAUCACCGACUACCUGUUCGAGCUGCGCGCCAUCGCCGGCCUCCUGCGCCCGCUGGGUCCGUCCGCCCUCCUUUAUCUCGCGGCCGCCGUGUCGGAUUUCUUCCUGCCGCAGGACAGGAUGGCCGAGCACAAAAUCCAGUCCACCAACGCUACGGACUCCUUCUCAGGUGGUGGCGGCGGCGGCGGCGGCACGGCGAUGCCCAAGGGGAACGGCAACGGCAACUCGGAAGACGAAGAGACGUUCGACAACUUCGACUCGUCUCCCAGGAUCCCGCGCUCGAAGCGUCUGGUGAUCGACCUGGACCCCGUCCCCAAGUUCCUGCAGAACCUCGUCGACGGCUGGGCGCCGCAGGGCAUGGUCGUCAGCUUCAAGCUCGAGACGGACCCGGCCAUCCUCGUGCACAAGGCAAAGUACUCGCUCGAGCGGUACCAGCACCACCUCGUCAUCGGGAACCUGCUCUCGACGCGGAAGUGGGAGGUCGUCUUUGUCGCGCCGGGACAGCAGGACAAGUGGGUCCGCGUGCCGAGCGCGCAGCGCAAGACGUCCGAGGACAAGCCGCUGGAUCCGGACGCGCUGCCGGAGGGCGAUCCCGAGGUGGAGAUCGAGAGCCUCAUUAUCCCCGCCGUGCAGGAACUGCAUUCCAAACAUAUCCAGUCGCUGCGGAAGUAG